UUUUUGAGAUGAGUGCGUUAAGUGAUGUGCGCUAAUAUCGGAAUCAAAUCAUUAGUAGCCACUGGUCGCACAAUAACACCCAUCCAAUCCCAUCCAACACGCCAUAGUGCCGUCCGAACCUGCUGCCUGAUGUGGUGGUUCUACCGCAGAGGGCUAUCGGGCUUCUCCGGCUCCUCCACGGCCGAGGAGGUCACCGCCGGCGUCGACGGCCGCGGCCUGGUCGCCGUCGUCACAGGUACGGACCUCCCAGGCCGCUCAGCUCACAACCCACCUCUGAGCACUGAGCUAUCCUUGUGGAAUCUUGGUCGCCGGGGUGGUCGGAGUCUGAAAUGACGACCUCCCUCCGGUUGGUCCUAGUCUGAAAUGACGACCACCCUCGGGUCAACUGAAAUAUGGCGCGCACGUCGUCGGCGCAAGCCAUCGUCACGGGCGCGACGACCAACGAGUCGGGCUCACGUCGUGCAACCUCCUCCCCGAUAAAGCCAUCGCUCCCUCCCAUCUGCCUGCCUGUCUCAACUAGGCCACCCUCUCGAGCUCCAGGACCAAAUACCAGUCUGGUUUUUCGGAGUGGCCACGCGUGCAGGAAUGGCGCUGGGAAGCACGCGCGUGCUCGCGCUGGUGGCCGCCGUGGUCGUCGCGGCGGCGGGGACGCGCGCCGGCGCGUGGACGCACUACGACGAGAAGAAAUUCACGGUGACAGGCACCGUGCUGUGCCAGGACUGCACCAAGAACUGGGACGCCUACGCCUACAGCGCCAAGCCUAUCCCCGGAAGCGCGGUGGGCAUCACGUGCCUGGACAAGAAGACCGGGCGGACGGUGCACCACGGCGUGGGCACGACGGACGGCAAGGGCGUGUUCAGCAUAGAGGUGCCCUACGCCGUGAACGGCGGCAACCUCAGCCCGGCCGACUGCCUCGUCCGCCUCGCGCCGUCGGGGGACAAGGGAUGCGCCGCGCUCACCGACUUCAACGGCGGCCGGACCGGCGAGAAGCCGUCCCGCCCCGUGCAGCUCUACCCCGGCAGGGUCACCUACGCCGUCGGGCCGUACUACUCCACCCUGCCGCAGUGCGACGCCGCCAAGGACAACGACGCCUGCUCCUACUGAUGAUAUGAACUGCCACCGCCGGCCCGGUCGGUUUCUGGCCGGAUUCGCGGUGAUUUAUACGAGGUGUUUUGCGUUUCAUGACCUUUUUCUUCUCAUUUCGUUUCUUUUUGGAAAGGUGGAUGGAUUCCUUGAACUUGCUUUGUUAUCUACUACUACUGCCAGACUGGUUGAUAUUUUUUGACCUGAAUGCGUCAUAUGCUAAGCUUCGUGAAUUCAGUCUCUGCCUUUUGAAACAUGAUUUCUUGUGAAUUUACAGUGCGAAUGCAAACGCGGCGGCACACAAAUCCAAAAAAUUUGCAUGAAAGUAAUGGAAUGGAAUGUGCAAAUUGUCUCUGUAUAUUUUUUAGGUGUUGAAGCUAACGAUAUCCAUGAUGACGAGCCAUACAGCUUCCGUGUUGUAGUGUGGUUUAAGCUCGGUUUUGUUUUA